AUGUCUAGUGAAGAACUCCCCCCCGUUGCCGCCACGGAGGUAGCAGAUUUUGGAGACGAAGUCCAGGACGAUGCGGGUUUGUGCGCAAUCAUGGCCUUUGCAGCCCAGAGUAUGGACAAUGCCGGUGCUUUCAACGUACUUUCAGGCUGGCCGGCUGUUUCCAUCCUGUGCAACGAGCCUCUAUUCCCAGAUAUGGGCUUUCUCGUGUCAGACGACCAGAUCCAGCAAGCGAUUGACGCACUUGAUGCUAACCUGGGAUACCCUCGCUGCGUCAACCCCAGGUGCCCGGCCUUCAGUGAGGAUCGAUAUCCCGACGACCCGCUCUCUGAUCCUGUGCGAUUUCAGGCGGUUGGAGCUGCCCAUUUCCACAUCGGCCCAUCACGGUUUCCGCUGGCUCUCUAUCCAAUGUCCCAGAUGGUCUGGUGGCUCCACGACUUGAAUGAUGAAAGCUCUUGCUUGACCCUCGCAUCUGCGUGCAAGCCCGCGUCGUGGGCUGGGCUGUAUCCGGUCAGAGUCCUCACGCAGCGCACCUUUGUCGAGUCCCUGAUUUUGUGCCGUUGUCGAGACUACGGCCGCAAUCCCAGGCUCGAUUCGUUAUGGUUUGAACUGCUUGUCUUUCUCAUUCAGCCCAGCGUGGAUCUGGCUGAUGAGUUCAUGCCUCUCUGGCUCGCCUUUACCGACCCAGACAACGUCCAUGAUCUUGACGCUCUGUUAUGUGAAUUUCGUGAUACACUGACUAUCACGGACGACGGCCUCCCCGCUCAUCCUGCGCAUUGCCCCGGUAGUGAGUAG